AUGGCGAGAUACGAUCCUUCGCAUGAUAAAUAUCAUGUUCAACGUGUCCGCAAAACCGCGCUCGCACUGGCUCGUAGUCUCCCCAGCAAACCGGACCUCCUUGUCAUCGAAUUGGCCGCUCUGCUCCACGAUGUUCUUGACAAAAAAUAUGUCACCCCAGAGGAAGCUUCCGAUCCUUAUGCAUUCUUUCUCCCCUUCUUCGAAUCCAUGGCCUCCUUGCACGGCCUCAAUAUGAUAGAAAAUGGCCGGGCUCGCACGAUCACCAAAAUUAUUGACAAUGUCUCCUGGUCAACCGAAAAGAAGCUUAGAGCGAAUGGCCUCUGGAAUGAAUGGCAUAAUUCUUGCGUAGAAUUACAUUGUGUCCAGGACGCGGAUAGACUUGAUGCUAUUGGUGCUUUUGGCAUUUUGCGCUGCGCAGCGUACAGCACUGUUACAAACCGGCCGCUACACACCCCAACCGACGACCCCGAACAUGAACACACAGCGAUCCAGCACUUCCACGACAAAUUAGUCCAUAUCUGUGAAAGACUUAAGACAGAACCUGGUAAGAAAUUGGGGGACAAACGACAUCAAGUAGUGAGUUCGAUCUGUCGGUAA